AUGAAACAUCUUAAUAAUCAAAUCAAAAACUAGCAAUAGGUUGGAAUAAGGUUUAUAUCUCCAAGAAAAAAUUAAAAAUCUUUCUUAAAUGACAGUUAUCAGAUAUUAACCUAAAAAACAAAUUUAUCCAUCAAUUAAUCGUUUAGCAGUCCAAAAAAUAUAUCUAAUUAAAAUUCCUUUAUAAUUACAUAGCCAAUAAAUACAAUCAUUAACAUGAGAGACGCUUAAUAAAGUUUUAAAUGUAGUUCUCCAUCAAUGAGAAUUAAAACUGAAAAAGAUGAUUAAAAGCAAGAACAAUUUAUGGAAGCGACAUUAAAAUUAUUAGCAUAAAACGAAAAAUUAGAAUAAUUAAUUUGUUAAUAAAAUGAAAUGCUUUCUAUAUAUCGAGAGGAUAAAAAUUAAUUAGAAUUGACAAUAAAGAGAUUGACUUAAGAAAAUUAAUUUCUCAAAGAGUCUAAUUAAAAAUAAGGCUUGUUAUUAGAAAAAUAACUAAAAUAAGUUAAUGGAAAAUCAUAUUAUGAUCCAAAAAAAAUGUUAAAAUGA